AUUUUGUUUAAUAUGAAUAUCAUUCAAUUUUAAUUAUUUGAAAACACAGUUAAAGUUAGUAUGACCUUAUUUAGAAAUGCUAUAUAAUGUAUAGUGAGUGAUACAAAUAAAUUUGGAAGUGUUUUGAUAGCUGAAUGUGAAAAAUUGAGUGAAGAUGAAAAUAUUUAUGAUGUAAAAACUAAAUUUGGAUCAAGAGAAAUAGUUGAAUAUGAAUAUUUUGCUAGGAGAAUUAUUGAGGAAAUGUAUAAUUCAAAAAGAAUAGUUGCAGAAAUGUAAAAAAAAUAUUAGACAUAAGAAAAGCAAUUUAAUAUAUUUUUAGGUAAAAAACUUUUGUUAUUUAUUUCUUUAAAUGAGAGAGAAAACAUAAAUAAAAUAAAAGUGAUUCUUGAAGAAAUUAGGGUAAAUCUAAUUAAUUUGAUAUGA